CUCCGACAUCUACUCUCUCCACAGCUCUCUGUUCAUCCCUCCUUCCUCGCCUUCAGUCUACAUUCGUCCUCCUUUUGUCCCAAGUUGACAUCUAGUGCCGUUAUCUUACUAGCCUGCUGUGGUCGACACCGUCUAUCCACCAUGGCUCAAGACCCUCGAGUUCUCCUGCAGCGCGCCGAUAAAGCAUUGGCCGGCGCAUCUGGCGGAUUCAGCUUUUUCGGUGGCCGCGCGGAGAAGUACGAAAAUGCAGCAGAUCUCUACACCCAGGCUGCGAAUGCCUUUCGGGUGCAAAAGCAGAACAAGGAAGCCGGCCUUGCCUUCGAAAAGGCCGCCUCCAUCCAAAGCCAGAACCUGAACGAACCUGACGACGCCGCCAACUCGCUGACCGAAGCCUUCAAGGUAUACCGGAAGUCCGACCCCGAAGAUGCCACGCGGGUGCUGUCAUCCGCGAUCCAGCACUACGUAUUAAAGGGCAACCUGCGGCGCGCGGCCACACAGCAGCAGUACCUGGCGGAGGUGUAUGAAGUGGAACUCGGAGAUACCAAGAAGGCUCAGGAAGCCUACGAGAAGACGGCGGAGUGGUUUGAGAGUGAUAAUGCCGAGGCUCUGGCGAACAAGCAUUUCCUCAAGGCAGCUGAUCUGGCCGCCCUCGAGGGCGACUACUACAAGGCCAUCGAGCACUACGAGCGCAUCGGCCGCUCAUCCAUCAGCAACAACCUGAUGAAAUGGUCCGUUAAGGACUACUUCCUCAAGGCGGGUAUCUGCCACCUGGCCUCGAAUGACCUUGUCGCCACGAACCGUGCCCUCGAAAACUACCGCGACAUCGACAACACAUUCGCCUCGACGAGAGAGCACCAGCUACUGCUGGACCUGGCGCAGGCCGUCGAAGCCGGCGACCAAGAAGGAUUCGCCGACAAGCUAUUCCAAUUCGACCAGCUCAGCAAGCUGGACAAGUGGAAGACUACGCUUCUGUUGCGAAUCAAGAACAGCAUCGAGGAAGCAGGCGAGGAUUUCUCUUAGAUUUGUUGAUUGACGUUGUUCCCGUUUCUCUCUUUUUGCAUGGUAUUCGCUUUUCGUGUCUUGGUGUCGUUUGUGUCCAUUGAUGAACUCGAAAUGCCUCUGCUUAUUCUGAAUGCGCGUCUAUUUUCCAGCCACGAAGUCACAACCGACAUAAACUUGUCUUUCAACGUCUAUUCAACGAAAGCGUAAUUAACUACGAGGUCAUGCACAAGGCGUGUAGUUCAGAGGCGCUGAAUACCCCUGUCACGUGACGUCAUCGCCUGGCGGACUUUCCAAAUUGCAGGGAUUCAUUCUUGCCAAACUAUCAGACAUUGGCUUCUUGUGUCGAUCGAUCACGCCGAGUGAUAUUUCCGGGUGAUGUGCGAAGAAAACCUUGAACUCUCUAUAUCGGAGUACCCCCAGAGCGUCCAAGCAAUCACACCGUCUGUCGUAGUUCCUUAAAGCCAGAUCAAACUCAAAAGCCAUGGAGC